GCGCCUCGACGACAGGGAACGCUGCCCGUGGGGCGCCAAACCACGUAAGCGAACGCGACGAACACGGCAUACCAACAGUGACCGCGAACGGACGCGGAGCCAGCACAGGCUGCCCUCCAGGGCUGCCCAAGCAUGGACCCCAUUGUCGAUGAAGAUGACAAGACGCAGGAAGCAGUAGAGCAAACAAAGCAUGAAUACGACUCCGUCGCGGCACAAUACAGCAAAAUGAACCGCCACGCGAGCGCCGAGCACGUCGAGCUGCUGCUGGCGGCGAUGCCGCGCGGCGUGGCGGAGGAUCGAAGAAGGCGUGAGGCCGAGGAGCUGAUACCAACGAUAAAUGUGCACAUCAAGAAACUAGAAGAUGCUGGACUCGACGAAGAGGACGAGAACAUGGUCGAGGCACGAAAUGCGCUCGCGGCGGCGCGGCGGGACGCGCGGCGACGAGUCGUCGAUCUAGGCUGCGGCGCCGGCCGCGAUUAUCCAGCCUUCGACGAGCGGGGUAUUGAGUACCUCGGCGUCGACGCGUCCGAGGGCAUGCUGACGGUGGCGCGGGAGCGCUUUCCCGAGGCGGCCUUCGAGGCGCAGGACUUGUGCGCCUUAGACUUGCCUGAGCGCGCUUUUGACGGCGCCUUCGCCAAUGCUUCUCUCCACCACGUCCCGACGCCUGCCCUGCCGAACGCGCUCACAAACAUCUACGCGUGCCUCCGGCCGGGCGGAGUCCUACUCAUUUCCGCGCCGCUCGGCAAGGACGCCGAGGGCUGGUCCCAGGCCCGCUCGAAGGAAACGAGAGCCUGGGUCGCCUGGCGGUCCCAGGAGACGCUCGAACGCCACUGCGGCGCCGCGGGCUUCGAAUCAGUCACGGUGCCCACGGUCCAGUCCUACGAGGGGAGCAGCUUCCAGGUGUUUGUCUGGAGGCGGCCAGCCGAUGACUCGGGUGAGUAA